AUGACGUGUGCUUGGCGGUUUUGUCGUUACUUGUCUCACCCCGCUAUAACACCACAGAUCGCCGGCGAAUGCAUCCUAUCACCGUAAAAGCCGAAAACAGCGGCAUGUACAGUAAUUCAGCCGUCGCCAACUGCCUAUUCAAGUAACACAAUCAGCCGCGCAUGAGGGUAUAAGUUGAGGACAAGUCUGCGACGAAUUGUCACGCUUGUCGCCGAUUCAAUCCGCCCAUCUACCUAAAUUGGCUCAUAUUUCCCCACGUAACAAUGCCAGCCGACAAGCUAGACAUCGAGGGCCUCCUCAAGGAGUCGAAGGCGGAGUACAGACAGCUAGGCAAGAGUGGUCUGCGUGUCUCAGUGCCCAUACUUGGUGCUAUGUCCAUUGGAUCGAGUAAAUGGCAACCUUGGGUGAUCGAAGAGGAGGAAGCACUUCCACUAUUGAAAGCUGCGUGGGACCGUGGACUUACAACAUGGGAUACCGCAAACGUAUAUUCCAACGGUGUCUCCGAAGAGAUUAUUGGCAAAGCGAUCACAAAGUAUUCUCUUCCUCGUGAGAAACUCACUAUCCUCACCAAAUGUUAUGGUACGGUCGGUGAGGACGUUGGCCUGCGCGGCAUCAACUAUGCGAAAGAAUUGCCACAGUUGAAGGACUACACAAACCAUAUCGGCCUUUCACGUCAGGCCAUCUUUAACGCCGUUAACGCGUCACUGAAGCGUUUGAAUCUCGAUUACAUUGAUCUGUUGCAGAUCCACCGAUUUGACGAGAACGUCCCGAUUGAAGAGACUAUGGAAGCACUGCACGAUCUGAUCAAAAGUGGGAAAGUCAGAUAUAUCGGUGCAAGCAGCAUGUGGGCAGUGCAAUUCGCCCAGAUGCAGUUCGUGGCGGAGAAGAACGGAUGGACAAAGUUUGUUUCGAUGCAGAAUCACUACAACCUCCUCUACCGUGAAGAAGAACGUGAGAUGAACCGCUUCUGCAACAGCACCGGAGUCGGGCUCAUCCCAUGGGCGCCUCUCUGCCGCGGCCACCUUGCACGCCCUGCCUCUGCUUUCGGCAGUACCGUCCGCUCCGGGGGUGAGAAGGACAGCGGCACGUCAUUUUCAGGUCACACCGAGGCGGACCAUAAGAUUGUCGAACGAGUGGAGGAGCUGGCGAAGAAGCAUGACUGGAAGAUGAGCCACGUCGCGCUUGCGUGGAUCAAUAAAAGAGUCACAAGCCCGAUUAUUGGGUUCUCGAGUGUCGAGCGGAUGGAUGAGGCACUCGAGGCCAGGGGAAAGGUUCUGAGCGAGGAAGAGGAGAAGUACUUGGAGGAGUUGUAUGCUGACAGGAAGAUUCAGGGCCACUCAUAGAUUGAAGCUGAGUCAGCUCAGGUAGUCUUUUACAGUUUCAGUAAAAUGUAUGUCUCGUCAGACACUGAGCCUGUGUAUUCCUGACUAU